CUAGGGACUGUUGGAGUAGCCAUGUUGGGGCGGGCGAGGCUAGGCGGCGUGGUGGUCCUGCGGGCUCGGGAGCUCCUUGCCACAGAUCGUGGCUGCCUGGCAGGAGGAGCGGCCGCCUCCGCUGUGCUUCCGCACAGGCGAAAUUAUGUGGCUGAGACUUCAGAGUCUGCCAAAUCUGGUACUGCAACAGGGCGUAUUGUUGCAAUUAUUGGUGCUGUUGUUGAUGUCCAGUUUGAUGAAGGCCUUCCUCCAAUUCUCAAUGCCCUGGAAGUGUCAGACCGUGAAACUAGAUUGGUGUUGGAAGUUGCUCAGCACCUUGGUGGAAGUACUGUUCGAACAAUUGCCAUGGAUGGCACUGAAGGCUUAACCCGCGGACAGAGAGUUCUGGACACAGGUGCGCCUAUAAAAAUUCCAGUUGGGCCAGAAACACUGGGAAGGAUCAUGAAUGUAAUUGGUGAGCCAAUUGAUGAAAGAGGGCCUAUUGCAACGAAACAGUUUGCAUCUAUUCAUGCUGAAGCUCCUGAAUUCCAAGAUAUGAGCGUUGAGCAAGAAAUCCUUGUGACUGGUAUUAAGGUUGUAGAUUUAUUGGCUCCAUAUGCCAAAGGAGGUAAAAUUGGGCUCUUUGGUGGUGCUGGUGUAGGAAAAACUGUACUAAUUAUGGAACUUAUUAACAAUGUUGCUAAAGCCCAUGGUGGCUACUCUGUCUUCGCUGGUGUAGGGGAGCGUACACGAGAGGGUAAUGACUUGUAUAAUGAAAUGAUUGAAUCUGGUGUCAUCAACCUGAAGGAUGCCACUUCCAAGGUUUCACUUGUGUAUGGUCAAAUGAAUGAGCCUCCAGGUGCCCGUGCCAGAGUAGCCCUGACUGGUUUGACAGUUGCUGAAUAUUUCCGUGAUCAAGAAGGACAGGAUGUACUUCUAUUUAUAGACAAUAUUUUCAGAUUUACCCAGGCUGGUUCAGAGGUGUCUGCACUGCUGGGUCGUAUCCCCUCUGCAGUAGGGUAUCAGCCAACAUUGGCUACUGACAUGGGAACAAUGCAGGAAAGAAUAACUACUACUAAAAAGGGAUCAAUUACAUCAGUACAGGCUAUCUACGUACCAGCUGAUGACUUGACUGAUCCUGCUCCAGCUACUACUUUUGCACAUUUAGAUGCUACUACAGUAUUAUCCCGUGCCAUUGCUGAACUGGGUAUCUAUCCAGCAGUGGACCCUCUGGAUUCUACUUCACGUAUCAUGGACCCUAACAUUGUUGGCCGAGAGCAUUAUGAUGUGGCUCGUGGUGUACAGAAGAUUCUUCAGGAUUACAAAUCCCUUCAAGAUAUUAUUGCUAUUUUGGGGAUGGAUGAAUUGUCUGAGGAAGACAAACUAAUUGUAGGCCGGGCUCGAAAAAUCCAGAGGUUUUUGUCUCAGCCUUUCCAGGUUGCUGAAGUCUUCACUGGUCAUGCUGGAAAAUUGGUGCCUUUGAAGGAAACAAUCAAGGGAUUCAAGAGCAUUUUAUCUGGUGAAUAUGACCAUCUACCAGAACAGGCUUUUUACAUGGUUGGUCCUGUUGAAGAAGUUAUUGCUAAAGCUCAGAAGCUGUCUGAAGAACAUGCCUAA